AUGGACAAGCCUGACGCUAGUAUAAAUUAUGAAGAUGCUGUGGAGUACUGGACUUCAGUCCCAGCUACGGUAGACGGAGUUUUAGGUGGAUACGGCGAGACUACAACUGUACCUGCAAUGGACGUUGUAGGCUCGAACCAUUUUCUCAGAAAGCUGAAGUCUCGAAUGAUCGUGGAAGAUGGAUAUAAAAAGGUAGGAUGCGACAUUGGCGCUGGGAUCGGUCGUGUUACGCGAGACAUGUUGCACAAGCAUUGCGAUGUGGUAGAUCUGGUAGAACCGGUCAAACCCUUUGUGGAGCAAAUGCGUAUCGAACUGGAACCGCUUGCCCAAGAGGGUCGUCUGGGCCAUAUUUACGACAUUGGGAUGCAAGAAUGGAUUCCGGAAGAGAAUAGGUACUGGCUGAUCUGGUGUCAGUGGUGUGUGGGUCAUUUGCCAGAUGACGAACUCGUGAAGUUCUUUGAGCGUUGCAAGAAGGGACUUCAACCAAACGGCACAAUCGUAGUCAAAGAAAACAACACAAAUGCCCCAGAAGACGACUUUGACGCUACUGACUCCUCUGUAACGCGCUCGGACGAGAAGUUCAAGGGGUUGUUCGAGAGGGCGGGAUUGAAGCUGAUAGCCGUCGACAGACAAAAGGGUCUACCUAGGGAGCUGUACCCUGUUCGAAUGUACGCUUUAAAGCCACGCGACCGCUGA